UUACUGGAAUUCACAACGAACGGCGCAGAGCUCAACGAUUCAAAAGGCCAUGACAACAAGGAUGUUUUGUUGCGACUCCCGUCCCCCGAUCUUAGUAACCGGAUUACUACUCCUAGCAGCGGGAAGUUUAGGUGCCGGUUGUUCCGCGGAACCACGGGAGAUCCUUCGCCGUAGUGCUGACACCAAAGGAGAGCCACCCGCGAUGACGAGCGCCAAACUGCUGGCCUGUGAUUUCGAGGUUUUUGGCAUCGUGCAAGGCGUGUUCUUUCGGAAGCACACCCAAAAGUAUGCAUCCAGCCUGGGAGUCCGAGGGUGGUGCAAGAACACGGCCGAUGGCACCGUGAAGGGGCAGAUUGAAGGCGAGGAGAAGGCUUUCAACGAAAUGAAACACUGGCUGCAAACCAAAGGAAGUCCCUCAAGCCGUAUCGAUAAGGCGGUGUUCAACGUACCGAAGGAGCUGACUGCCUACACGUACCAAGAUUUCUCAAUUCGCCGCUAAGCACUGCAUAUCGUAGACAGCCUGUGUAGGAAUGGUCAAUGGACUGAUUAAUAUAUUUGCUUGAAGCAUAAAACAAGGCCCCGAA